AUGACGAAGAAUAACUUGGCCUCUCAUUUGAAAUGGCUGCUGAAGCAAGGCCCCUCUUUGUACCCAUCGCUAACUGCCGAGUCCCCUGUGGUUGAACAACCUACUGCCCGCUUUUCGCAACAACCGACACCACCGGAAGAAUUCGAGAAAUUGGACGAGAUCUUGGAAGACGCCGACGAUGUUUCAGAUGAAACCAUGGCACGAUUAAUGCUGUGUCCUUCCUCUGAAAGCAAGCCUCGCAUGCUUAGCCAGGUCGACAAAAAGCACAAUGCGACGUCCUCGACCUCACAAAAGCCGUCCUCGACGCGCAAUCUGGCUGCAGGAAACCCCCACCUAGAGCUACAGCCAGCAUCCUCUUCCAAGAAUUCUCGACCAAAGGCCACCCCACUCAAGUCAGAACACAAGCUCGCGACAUCGCCAUUCGAUGCAAUCGAGUCCAUUGAUCUGACAGGAGAGAUCAAUCGUUUCCUGCCUUCUUCGGCGACAGCAGACCUUGGCGAACCGCGUCGUUUAUGGACCGAUGGGGCUGCGCCACAAGAUGCUCCCCACGAGAAGCGAGGGAAGAAAAGAAAGAGCGAGGAAUACACAUCAGAUCUGCUAUCCCCGUCUAAGCACUCGACAAAGAUUCGAACACCUUCCAAGGCAAACAGAUCACCUAUCGCUGGUAACACCGUGGCAGAAUUGCCCGCAGUGUCAAGCCGAACCACCCUCUCGAGUAGUUCGAAACAGCCCAAGCGAGUCAUCGCCGAUUCUGACGAGGAAGACGAUGACCAAUUCGAUAGUUGGCUUGGUGCCGAAGAUGUUGAUGACAUGAUUUUCGACCCGGAGCCGGCAUUAUACCCAACACUUCCCAAAAUGAGCUCCCAGGAAAGCCAGAAGUCGGAAUACCACAGUACAGCUUCACGGCCUUCUCCCAGCAAUGCCCUGCCACCGCCAACGCGGGCCGAGAAGAAAUCAUCGUUGCCCAAGUCCCAGAAUCCGGAUCAAUCACCCACACCAAAAGCGCCCAGUUCGCAACAAAGAGAUCCGGAAAUUUUGAAAUUCCUUGCUCUUCCCUCGACAUCACUGACCCAGGCUAUAUCGAGCUUGAAAGCAACGCUUCAGAAGAAUGCGGAAAUAGUUUAUGAGCAGGCAAUGGAAGGUCGAACGGCACCGGAAUUGAUUGCCGCAAACAAAAACCUGGUUAAUCAGAUGCAGUCCAUUGAGACUUUGAAAACCAGCCAAGACUCUUACAAAAAGUGCCUUUCCCGCAAGGACGAUCUCAAGAAGAGCCUCAUGCGCGUGAUCUCCCAGGGCAUCGACCCGACAACAAUGCCCGAACUAGCCCAAAGUCGAGCUGUAGAAGCCGAGCUGGAGAAAAUCGAGGCCAAUAUCCGCGAGCUUCUCCCCAGCUCCAGGGUCUUCGAUAUUGCACCGGCAUCUGGAUUGUCCGAUAUCGAAGCUCCAAUGGCUAUUCCUCAUGCAGGAGUAAGCCACGAAUCCCCUCCUGAAGAUAUGUUUGACGAUUCAGUUCUUUCGAUUGAUUCCCCGCCUGUUGCAUCCCGCUCGGCGUAUUCGAGUGAGCCACCCCCGAGGGAGAAAUCUCCCUUUACAAACGACCGAGAGACGAGAGACUAUUUUCCCGACAGACCUCACGAUAAACAAGACAGAUUUGUUGCUCGCAAUAUGGGCUCCCCGCCGCACACAAUGGACUUUGACGACUUUGAUUGGAACGCCAGCGAUGAUGAGAUGCUCGAGGUGGCGGGAAGUUUCGACAACCGUGCGAUCUCUGCUCGUGAAUCAGAAGCCCCGAACCGGAAAGUAUUUGCAGAAACAUCAGGCAACACAUCUCGCAUGCCGGCCCCGAAGAAAUCACCAGGCCGUAGCACUUUCUGGUCUAAUAAUCCUUGGUCUCAAGAAGUGAAAACGGUUCUCAAGGAUCGAUUCCAUCUCCGUGGGUUCCGUCCCAAUCAGCUCGAAGCAAUCGAUACGACUCUUGCUGGAAAAGACACAUUCAUCCUGAUGCCCACAGGUGGAGGCAAAUCACUCUGCUACCAACUACCUUCUAUUGUGAUGGGUGGAAAGACCCAUGGCGUGACGCUUGUGGUUUCGCCGUUGUUAAGUCUGAUGCAAGAUCAAGUGGACCACCUGCGGAAGCUGAACAUCAGUGCCUACUUGAUGAACGGUGAGUCUGACAGGUCCGAGCGAUCCUGGAUUCUUGGUCAAUUGUCAAACGCCGGGGGAGAGGGCCUGGAGCUGUUGUAUAUCACCCCAGAGAUGAUCAACAAGAACCAGACGCUUGUGCGGGCUCUUGAGAAACUUCACCGUCGGAAUAAACUCGCACGGUUGGUAAUUGACGAGGCACACUGCGUGAGCCAGUGGGGACACGACUUUCGACCGGAUUACAAGGAAUUGGGUGAGGUUCGGAACAAGCUUCCCGGCGUCCCAGUUAUGGCUUUGACUGCUACCGCUACAGAGAAUGUGAAAGUGGAUGUGAUCCAUAAUUUGAAGAUGACCGGAUGCGAGACGUUUUUGCAAAGCUUCAAUCGUCCGAACCUUACGUAUGAAGUGCUUCCAAAGGGCAAAAACGAUGAAGUCCUCGCCGGUAUCGCAGAAAUAAUCACCAAAUCCUACCGCAAUCAAUGUGGUAUUGUUUAUUGUCUGUCGCGCAAAACAUGCGAGAAAGUCGCAGAAGAACUUCGCGAAAAGCAUGGCCUUGCGGCCGAACAUUAUCAUGCAGGCAUGAAAUCAGAUGAAAAAGCCAAUGUGCAGCAAGAGUGGCAGAAAGGUGAAUGCCAAGUUAUUGUUGCCACGAUUGCAUUUGGGAUGGGAAUUGACAAACCCGAUGUACGAUUUGUUAUCCAUCACAGCAUUCCCAAGAGCUUGGAAGGCUAUUACCAAGAAACAGGCCGUGCUGGUAGAGAUGGCAAGCGUUCUGGUUGCUAUCUUUACUACGGCUACAAGGACGCGGCAACCCUCAAACGAAUGAUCGAUUCCGGCGACGGCAGUUAUGAACAAAAGGCCCGACAAAAGCAUAUGCUCCGCAAUGUGGUUCAGUUCUGCGAGAACCGCAGCGACUGUAGACGUGUUCAGGUACUUGCCUACUUCAAUGAAUACUUCCGCCGAGAAGACUGCGGCAGCGCUUGCGAUAAUUGCAAGUCUGAUUCGGUGUUUGAGUCGCAUGAUUUCUCAGAGCAUGCGGGCUGGGUUAUCAAAAUUGUCCGGCACUUUCAAAAGAACUUGAAAGAAAAGGUCACUGUGCUCUAUUGUGUGGAUAUCCUUCGCGGAGACCUGAAGCGGGCCAAAUCUGCCUCCCACAAGCAACUUGCCUGGUAUGGCAAUGGCUCAGACCUUGAUCGAGGUGAGGCCGAGCGGCUAUUCUACCGUUUAUUGGGUGAAGAUGCUCUCGCAGAAGACAAUGUGAUCAACGGAAAGGACUUCGCGGUCCAGUACAUCAUACUUGGCCGACGAGCCACUGAAUAUGAGACUGGGCAGCGGAAAUUGAUGUUGCAAGUGCGUGCAUCUCCGAAUGGCAAGGCUCGACCUUCGAAGACGACCAAAAAAGGGAAAUCUGGCAACCGAUCUCAUCCUCAGUCCACCAUGGUCUCGUCUCCUGUCCAAUCUGCCAAUGAUCGCCGCCAAGCGCGUACCCAGAAACGAAGCGUUGCCGUGAAUGACUCUGACAAUGAUAGCGAUGGGUUUGAACCAGUUCGGGUAGCUGGUGGAACCGGGAAUCGUAGUUCCCGUGAAAUGGGACCUCCGAUUACAACUGAUCAAAGACUGGAUCGACUUGAUCAUCUGCACAGAGCGGUAGUGGAAGAUUUUGAGGUCACGGCAAAGAGAUAUCUUCAGGAGAUUGUUGUUGAGAAAGGCCUUCGUUCUCAACCAUUCUCAGACCAGCAAUUACGCGAGAUGGCUAUCUCAUUCCCGAAAGAUAUCCAGCAACUCUCUGCCAUACCAGGUAUUGACCGCGACAAGGUCACUCGAUAUGGACGCCAGAUUUUGAAGCUGGUAGACAAUGCUAGGCGACGAUACCAUGAAUUGACACAGGAUGCGGAAACCAGCGGAGUUGUCCCAGACCCCAAUCACCAUAAUGUCAUCAAUCUCAGCAGCAGUGACGAGUAUAGUGAUGACGAUUUGUUCGUGGAUCAAGCAUCUAAUUUCGAUCUUGAUUAUCCCGUUCAAGACGAUACCCAAGAUGUCACAAGCCGCUAUUUCCCUCCACCGCCAUCGCCCGGCUUCGACCCCGGCGACGACUUAAGGGCCAGCCGGUCAGCAUCUGCGCCUCGCAAGAUCAGCAAAGCGAAAACCUCCAAAUCCACGAUUGGAAUGAUGCCCAUCUAA